AUUAAAGUUACUUUUCAUUGGGUUUGGUUGUGCAUCCACUGCACCUGAUCUGAGCCAAACAUGAAGUACUGGACACCAUCCAACAUUUACAAGGCAGCCUUAAUCUUGAUCGUCAGUCAAGUCUUUCAAGUUUAUUCGUUGUCUCUCGAAGCCCAACUGACUAUUGGUGUGAUCCUUGCUCGUCUCUUAAAGCCGAAGUUUGUGCCUGUACCCAUACCACUGCCAUUUCCACUGAAAUUCAAGAAGCACAUUCAUAAGCCUUAUCCAGUUCCAGUGCAUAGCCUGUCGGCUGUUGCCCACCACGUUGGCCCCAGUCUACAUGGAGUUGGAUACGGUGGUCAUCCGCAAUAUUCUUCUGGACAUCAUGCUUAUGAGCAACUUCACUCAGCUUCCAACAAUAUAGGACAUCUGGUGGAACAAUUGAGCCACAGUCCAGACGUUCUACAUGCCGGUCAUUCGAGUGAAAUUCCGACCAUUCAUGAUAACCUUGAUGAAUUUUCAAGCAUUGCAGAAAUAGAGGCCUUGAACGCAAACGCAGAUUGGUGGAAAUAA